AUGGAACAACCACAAACUGAACAAUCACAACAACCACAACAAGAGGUUCAUCAAGAAUCAGUAAAGCCAUCAGAAGAGCCAUCCCAAUCCCAACAACCACAAGAAGUAGCACCAGAUACUUCAUCUUCAUCCAAUGGAAACGUUGCCAAUGGAACUGCUGAAGUAGUUCCAGAAAGUGAAGAACCAUCAAAGUCAGCAUCUGAUGCUGAAAAAUCACCAAGAGAGUCAUCUGAUACUCCAGUCUCUCCAACUGAAGACAAAUCAAACAAGAAAAAGGUAGACCAAAAAGGUGGUUUCUUCCAAUUAUUUAGAAAGAAAGAAGCUGAUCCAAUUUCAAUUCAAAGAGAAAAGGGUGAAACUGAUUCACUCGUCAAUCUUAUCAAGGCAUACCAACCAACACAUCCAGAUGUCAAGUCUGAAGGUUCCAUCUUGCCAUCUCAAUUCGAGUCUAUCUUUAAGGACUUGGCCGUCAUCUAUCAAAUGUGUGGUGAUCACCAAAAGACUUUAAAGCGUCACAUCAAGGAAAUCGUUGCCAAGUCUGCUGAAAGAGCUCAAAUAUUUAAGCUUUGGAAUCAUUUGAUCAAUGAAAUCCAAGAGGUUCGUCCAAUGAUCAUUGACUCUACUUUUAUUGAAGUCUCUCUCAAGAGUGUAAUAUCUGAUCCAUUUACUGGCCAAGAACAAGAAGAGUUUGAACAAUUAUUAAAGAAUUGUCUCUACCAACACAUUGAUGUUCCAAAUGUCAUCGAUAUGAUCAUUGCAUUCUCUGGAUCAAAGUACAAAGCAGAUCACAAUAUCGUUUCAAACUUUAUUGAAGUCAUUUCAAGUUUAAAGGACAAGAGUUCAACUGUAGCAAUUAAAGCUGAUAUUGUCAUUCAACAACUCGAAAAGAGUAGACAUUUUGCAGAAGAAUUGAGAGCCAACUCUGAAAAGUUUGAUGUUGAUCUCAAUACCGACUACAAGAAACAAAGUGACAUUCACAACACAAACUCAUCGGAAAGAAUGAACCUAAUCACUGGUUUGGAACAAGAGGUUGCCAAAAACACCACCGAGAUCCUCAACAUUGACGGCAAGGUCACCACAUUGCAACAACAACUCGACGAGUUGCUCAAGCAAAAGACCGCCAUUGAAUCGACCAAUGCUCAAAGCAAAAAGAAGCUUGACGACUUGAAAAAGGAUGAAAAGAAGGAUCAAGUUUUGAAGCAAGAGUUGGACGAACUCAAAGUCAAGGCCGAGAACAUGACCGUGCUCCACGAAUCUAUCACCAAGCUCAAGCAAGAACAAGACCACAUUACCAAGUCUUAUGUCUCGACUGUCCUCGACCAAUUGAACCAAAGCCUCGAAAAGCAUGCCGAGAAUAGAAAAAAGAUUGAAUCCUCUCUUGAAAAGCAAGAUGACCAACAAGAGGACAAGAUCCAAUUAAAGGACAAUCUUGUCAAGAACAAGGAACAUAUUGAACAAAUCUCAAAGGUUGUUGAAAAGAUCAAAAACAAGCUCAAGGAAGAAGACUAUGAUGUUGAAUUGGUAAAGUCAAUGUUGGAGAAAUCAAGAUCCUUAACUCAUUCACCAGUUCAACCACAUGUUCCAGCAAGUCAAGUAGCUCCAGCUCAAGCUCCAGCCUCAGCUCCAGCUCCAGUCCAACCAGCCACUGCUGAACAAGAAACCACUUCUACUACAUCUACCGCCUCAACAACUGAUCAACCACAUGUUGUUCCACAAUCCAAUUAA